AUGGUCACUUUUCUCCGACCAAGAGAGACGAGUAGGAGAAUUUGGGCGUUUGGAAAUGAUGCUACCUGCAACUUUUCAGCAUUUAUCAGCCAAACAACCACUGCUGGAAUCUGGUACCAGGGGAUGUUGUCAAUCUACUUUCUAUUGACUACUCGAUAUGGUAUGAAAAAUAUUACUAUCGCCAAGCGCAUUGAGCCAUUCAUGCACAUCGUGGCAAUCGGAUAUCCACUGUGCACUGCCAUUGCUGGUGCUGCUAUGGGUAUCUAUGGGGAGAGGGCUGGAGGAGCAUCAUGUUAUGUGAUUAGCUACGACAGCAACGAUGUACCCGACGCUUGGUAUGUCCAAGAAAAAAGCAGCAUGCGCGACGGAAUGGUAUAUAUUUUCUAUGCGCUGCCUGUGGUUUUGGUUACACUGUGCUUAACCUGUACGCAAUUGAGCAUAUACUUGUUGAUUCGGCGCCAUACUCGAAAGUUCCCGUCUCAACCAAGUGAGGAUUCAACAUCAAGCAAAGACGACCUGUCAUUUGGUUGGAGCGUGCUUCCAAUGGGUACAUCUCAAGAGUCUUCAAGAAGCCCAAGAUGUCCAGUAGUGUUGAGUGUCCAAAGCAAGGGCAAGAACAAAGAAAAUUCAACGGCACAGUCAACGAAACAGUCCCGACGACUGCGGCUGGUUUGUUCACAAUCAUUUCUGUUUGUGAUAUCGUUUGUGUUCUGCAAUGUCUGGAAUUUCAUUAUGGGUAUAAUGCAGAGCCGUUCUCGCACCCAGGCUGAUGACAUGGGACUGCUGGUAAAAUACUAUCAUUUUGCUGUGCUACAAGCAAUACUGCUCCCUAUUCAAGGGUUGUUCAAUUGUCUGAUUUUCUGUCGACCCAAGUACUUGGUGAUAAGACUCGAGUUCCCUAGGGAAGGGAGACUGUGGACCGUCAAGCGAAUACUUCUUGGGGAUAGGCUUCCUCAAACUGCUUUCCGGAUGAACCCCGGUGGUCAUGUUGCAAAUUCUGGAAUUCCGCAAAGUGAACCGGAAUCAGAUGCAGAUGCACCUGUCGGGGAUACAAAGACUUCCAAAUUGGUUCCUUUACGCCUUCUACGAAACAUGAUAUCUUCCUUGACGGCAAGUGACGGUGACUGUGAUGAUCAUGCGAACGAUGAACUUAGGAGCGAUGAACGAUGGCACGAAGCUGACGUCCAAGUGGACGAAGGCUCUCCUUCAGACCUUGUCGCAGGUAUCAAUCGAUUGACAACGUUGGAAGCUAUCAGUGAAGUGUCAGAAACUGUAUAUGAUUUGACGCCGUAUCAGGCCAACGGGUCACAUCUUUCUGCAAGUUCUGUGGGAUUGUCAUUGCCCACGGAAGCGUCCGAGAGUCGUUGGAAAGGAACAGAAGCAAUAUCGAGACCAAUGACUACUCUGGGACCUCCUUCUGCUGUGGAAAGUAGCGGAAGUGACUUGGGUGACGUAGAACGGCCACCUUCAAAGACUGAUUCGAUUAUUGAUGUUCCAACGCGCAAGCCCGAUAUAUCUGAUCUACCAAUCCAGGUACCGCGACGGACAAUGGAUGUAUUGGAGGCAUCCAAUUCUUCUCUUUCUGCUCCACACUUGUCCGAGUAUUCAGCAGCAGUGGUAUGUCCAGAAAGGCUAGCAAGUGGGCAUGAUAGACCAAGAGGGAAACUAGUAUUUGAUAUACCUUUGGCUCCACCACAACGGUUCACCAGCAUGUCACCUUCUGAAAUCGAAGAUGAGUGA